AGUCGGUCCAAGACCGUUGUCGUGUUUGCGUGUUUUUAUAGCUCGCGUCGCGCUCGCGUUUAGUCCCAAACAACACUGUAACAGAACAAAAUUCUCUUUAACAUUUAAAACAUUUUUUUUUUACAAAUGGGAUUGCAUAUUUUUGACAUUGAAUUACUCGUAUGUUUAUUUAUGUGUUAAUUUGUGUAAAUAAUGAGGUUAGGAAUAUUGCUUGAAUGGUCUGCGACGACUGCAAGACUCUGGCGCCUAAAAUCUUUCCAUCACCAAUGACCUGGGUGUCAGACAUCGUCAUAACAAUAGAAUGUGUCCAAAGUUAAAAUUCCCAACUAUGUGCUACUCAUACUAACAGUGCAUCCCUUAUUUCUCUUUAGUUCAGUGCAAAAAAAAAGAAUAAAUAAAUAAAAAAAAACGUCGAAAGAGCAAUUUCGAUGAGUGACUCACAGUGGAUAUCGGAUCAAUGUAGGGCAAAACCUAGUUUAGGCUAUUAAGACGGGAGAAAAAAUCUUUUUUUUUUAUGUGAUAUGAUAAAAAUUGAGAAACUGCGAGUUUUUCAUCCAUUAAGAGCUAAAAUUUUGAAAUUUAAAACCGUCGUUUCGGAGGUAUAUAAAUAGCAAAAAUGUAUAGAGUGGCUAUUAUGCGACAUGUGAAAAAAUUGCGUUUAUUGCCUCUCAUAUGAAUAAAACGACUCGGGAUUUUUUUCUUGCUUACAAUUUAUUUCACUCAUUUUAUGCACAACACGAAUUUGAUUUAAAACGUGCAUCAUAAAAGAGACGUGGAGUGUCCGAUUGAGGUAGAGAUCUCCACUAAUUAUGACAGUUCUAUUUUUCGAAAGUUUUCACCGCAUGGGAUUCAACCGACAAAUUCAGUGAAGAUCGAAGAGUAUUUAAUGAUAUAGCAUUAUAAAUUUAACUGCAACAUUAAAAAGAAUUUAACGGGCGAGUAGCUAGGAGGAACAUAUAAACGCUAAAAAGUGUGAGAGACAGAUUGCAGAAAUAUUUAGAUAUCAAAAGUAACUCCUGAACUGGCAGAGUUUGCCCUGAAUUUGCCCACAAAAUAUAAUCCGUUUGUGUUAAUUUUCCGCGAGUUUUCCGUGUGCAACUGUGUUUUCGGGAUUGUGGCAACUGGAAGGCAUCCUCCCAUCGGAGCUGUACACCAUGGAUAUGACAUCAACGGCGGAAGCCGCCCGGUGGUAUGACAACCCACGCCUGGGCGGCUCGCCAAAUGCGGGAGCUGCAACUGCAAGUGGGGCUCAUCAGGCUGCGACUGGUGGCGUCGAUACGUCCGACAUGGGCGCCUUCUAUGCAUUAGAAAAUGGGGGGCAUCGGAGGUACUAUUCAACCGGAUAUACACCUCACGACACAUUUCAUCUUUCAAGCCGAGCCGCUCACUCUGCACACCAAUAUUCGUUACAAUCUAGAUCGUCAACAGCAUCUAGAAUGCCAUCAUCUCAUACCUCACCGCAAGUAUGUAGGCCACAUUUUCAUGCACCUAUCCCAUGGUUGAGUGAACCAAAGCUGUCAACGCCUGGUAGUCCGUGGGGAAAUCCUUUCGCCUGUCCACAAGAUCCACAGGACAAGGUUAGUCAAGUGCAAAGUCAUCAAACGGGUCAACAUUUGUUCUCGUUUCCACCUACCCCACCGAAGGACUCCACACCUGAUUCAGUACAAACGGGACCAGCAGAAUAUCAGGCGGCAGUGAAUGCAUUUAUGCAUCAAGCACAGGCGUCAACAACUACCUCAGUCACUACAGGCGAGACGAACUGUGCUCUGGAUGUGAAACCACAAAUCCCAAAUGGUGCGCAAUCAGCCCCAAAACAGCGUGAAGGUACGACAACGGCCAACAACAACAAUACCACCAAUAGCAAUAAUAAUAACAAUAGCAGUAGCACAAGUUUAAAUGGAGGCGGCGGCGGCGGCCUCUUCGACGCAUCCCAGAGUGCCGCCGCGGCUGCCUAUGCUGGAUAUGAGAGCAGCGGCUAUGGCUACCACCAAAGUGGAGCGGGCACGUUCCAGUCGGGCCCAACGCGGCCCACAAUGAAUAGUCCCCACACGAAGCCCCAGCGAAAUAAAGCGAGAACAAGUGCUGAGGGUAGAGAAUGCGUAAAUUGUGGUGCAACCUCAACGCCACUGUGGCGAAGAGACGGUACUGGACAUUAUUUGUGUAACGCCUGUGGAUUGUAUUAUAAAAUGAAUGGACAAAAUAGACCACUUAUUAAACCUAAACGAAGACUGUCACUCCAAAGUGCCGCCAGAAGAGCGGGAACCUCUUGUGCAAAUUGCAAAACUACAACUACAACCCUAUGGCGACGAAAUUCAAGUGGUGAACCCGUUUGUAAUGCCUGUGGACUUUAUUUUAAGCUACACAAUGUAAACCGGCCAAUGACGAUGAAGAAGGAGGGUAUUCAGACGCGGAACCGAAAGUUGUCAUCAAAAUCCAAAAAGAAGAAAGGCGGAGGCGGGUGUAUCCCACUUGGUGGUCAUCUGGGGCUCGGUGGUGGCGUUGGUGACAUCAUGAAACCUCUGGAUCCGUCUAAAGCGUUUGCCGGAAGCUUUUCAGCUUCAAUGGUUUAUCCCGCAGGACAACACGGCCAUUUGUCAGGCGGCCUACAUCCUGCCCAUGCUCACAUGCACAGUGGUUGGUAUGCGAGCGGUAUGGGGGCAUUGGGUGCUUCUGGGAGUCUACAGGGUGGCUUCUCUACAACAGGAAGCCUUGGAGGCGGUGUCGUACCACAUUCACAAUCCUAUCAUCUAGCUGGACUUGGUUCAAUGGGUUCAUGGCGGUCAGAUUAUACGUGAUGGAGUGAUAACAGCCUAAAUAGUAAUAUCUUCACGUUUGGAUCAUCAUCAGCGUCGUGUAGUAAAUCACUACAAAAAUAUGAAUCAAGUACAAAUUACUGAAUUUUAAUCAUUUUUUUUCUUCUUCUUCUUAAUUCUAUCCCACUCGCAUCACCUUCUUCCCUACGCGUUCUCGCAAUUUUUUUUUGAUCGCCUUGUUUGCCUCUUUGUUCAUAUGUGAUGACUAUAUAUAAUAAAUUAAAUAAUAAAUACUUUGCAAAAUGUAAAGAGAAUAAAAUUUAAAAUGAAUUUCACCCUUGACUGCCAAUUGAGGAAUUUCUUAUAUUUUUUCCGGAGGAAAUGUUGACAGAGACACCUUCAAAUGCUAAAAGAUACAAAAUUCUAUAUCAGGCAAAACAUGUGGAAUUGUGAAAUAUUACUGUAGUAUAUUACGUAAAAAAGAAGAAAAAAAAAGAAACAUCAAGCAGCAAAACACUGACCAUCCAGCCAACAAAA